GGGACGGGGGCGCAGGGAGACGGUGUGCGCUCACCAUCACCACCAGAGAGAAAGAGCGCAUUCCCGAUCCAACCCCAAGAUGAUGUCUCCCAAAGAGAAACCCAAGAAGCCGCCCAAAGACAGUAUGACGCUGCUGCCUUGCUUCUACUUUGUGGAGUUGCCGAUCGUGGCCUCCUCUAUGAUCUCUCUGUAUUUUUUGGAGCUGACCGAUGUUCUCCAGCCGGCUAAAGUGGGGUUCCGUUGUUUUGACCGUUCUCUCAGUAUGCCGUACGUGGAGACGGGUGAUGAGCUCAUCCCGCUGCUCAUGCUGCUCAGCCUGGCCUUCGCUGGCCCAGCCGCUUCGAUCAUGCUGGGUGAGGCUUUGAUGUACUGCAUGCAGUCCCGGCUGAAGGCCCGGCCCGGCUGCGAGGCCAGCAUCAACGCCGGCGGCUGCAACUUCAACUCAUUCUUACGCAGGACUGUCAGAUUCGUUGGUGUCCAUGUGUUUGGUCUGUGUGCCACUGCUCUGGUUACAGAUGUUAUUCAGCUCUCCACCGGCUACCACACUCCGUUCUUCCUUACUGUUUGCAAACCCAAUUACACGUUGCCUGGUGUGGCCUGUGAUAUAAACCCGUAUAUCACCCAGGACAUCUGCUCAGGACGAGACCAGUACGCCAUCCUGUCCGCCAGGAAAACUUUCCCCUCCCAGCAUGCAACGCUCUCCGGCUUCGCAGCUGUCUACAUAUCCAUGUAUUUUAACUCCACCAUCUCAGACAGCACUAAGCUGCUGAAGCCUGUACUGGUGUUUGCCUUCGCUAUCGCAGCCGCCCUGGCCAGCCUGACGCAGAUCACGCAGUACCGCAGCCACCCCAUCGACGUCUACGUGGGCUUCGUCAUCGGAGCCGGAAUCGCCGUGUAUCUGGCUCUGUACGCUGUUGGAAACUUCAAGCCAUCUGAUGACUCUCCUCCUCGGCCGGUGAAGCAGCAGGUCCGCCCGCCGAGGAAGGACGCCCUGCGCGCUCUGACCCAGCGCGGUCACGACUCCGUCUACCAGAAAGCCCACACGUCCGAGAGUAACGACGAGCUGGCCAUGGCUCCGCCCCACGUGGCGGGUCUGAACCGAAAGGUGCGGCGAGAGAAGGCAUCUAUGGGCAGUCUGAAGAGAGCGAGCGCAGACGUGGAGCUCCUGGCCCCCCGCAGCCCGAUGGCCAAAGAAACCAUGCUGACCUUCAGCAACACACUGCCUAGAGCCAGCGCUAACGCCGCAGAGGAACCAGCCCAGCGUCACAUGACCUUCCAUGCCUACUUCCAUGCUCCUGUGGAUCCACAGCGCUCCAAGCAACUGGUGUCAGAGUGGAAGCAGAAGUCUGUGGAGAUGCGGAGUCUUAGCCUGAGGGAUGACGACGAGCAGGGCAGCGCCGUGGACGAAGCAGAGGAAGAAACGGAAGCCGAAUCCAAGGAAGAGCUGGACAUGGGCGCAGCGUCUUCUUCCCUGUACUCAGCCAUGCAAGCCAGUAGAGGGGCAACAGCAGCACCACCAGGAGGCACCAAAGUGACAAUGCCACAGAGGCCUGGUGCUCCACAGCUGGUUCACAUCCCAGAGGAAGCCUCCAGACCUCCACCAGUGUCUCCGAAGAGCGCCACCACCAGGGCCAAGUGGCUGUCCAUGACGGAGAAAGGAUUACCGGUGCCUGCAGCCACUCCAGAGCCGCCGAGGCUUCCUAACCAGCCGAGGAUUGUCCAGGUUGUUGCCAUGGCCAAGCAGCAGGCCAGCCAGAUCACUGCGGUCAACAUAUCGAAGUCUUCUGAAACAGCCUCAUCCUGCGGUACGUCCAGCACGGGAUCCGAGUCACCGUACUAUCGGGACGGCUCCAGCAUUGUUACGGUAGACGCUCAUGCGCCUCAUCACCCGGUGGUGCGACUGUCUUCCACAGGUGGAAACACCUGGGACUGGAGGAGCAGCACCAACGGGAGCACCGAGAUCCAUGAGACCAGCCGUACGUUGCCCCGGCAGGAUUACCGGCCGAUCAAAAUGGACGAGUCCAGCCAGGGUCCGCUUCCACCCCCACCACAUCCGGACCUGUUGCUGGACAGCCACAGCCACCGCAAAUCCUCAAUUUCAGCCAAGGAAUGGGAGCCAGGGCAGCCCCAUCCAGAGCCAGACCACUUCUUCAAGAACUUACAGACUGACCGGCGGUUUAAGGACGGAGGCCUAUAGAGUGGAAUGGUGGACAAAACUCUUUUUUUCUAUCUCUAUUAAUUGGGAAUACAGUGUUGUGAGUUUGGGAGAUGGGAGAAGGAAGACUGCUCUCGACCAUCUGGGGUGGAUCAGAUGGAGGUUUGUAGAGCAGAACUGGAGACGAAACUCUUGUUUUCUACAGCACAGUGGUCACCAACCCUGUUUCUGAAGAUCUGCUUGCCUGCAAGGUUUAAGCUCCAGUCUUUAUCCACCACACCUGAUCCAACCAAUACAGUAUAUAUACAGUUUAUAUCACCGUACCUACAUUUAUAGUCGGUUAUUCAUUCAGCCUAAUGAGAAACUCUAGAACAGACUCGGUUUAUAUCACAAUACCUACAUUUAGAGUCGGUUAUUCA